AAACAAACGCGUUCUCUCGACAUACCGUGAGGAAUAUUUGGUUAUUUACAAACAUAAAACAAUGAAAUCGUACGUGACGUUGGCUGUGAUCGCCGUCCUGGCGUCGGCGUCGUCUGUCAAAAGCAUUCAGUUCUUCAACGGUGACCAGAACCUCCUGUCGAGCGGCCCCUUCGCCCACCAGCAGGCUUACAAUCAACCGCAAAAUGGUCUGGAACAUCCGGCUGUAGUUAGAAAUUCGAUCGCCGAAUCGCAAUUACCUCACCAAUUGAAAAAUCCGUUUUACAAUAACCCGGUUUUGGCGUCCGCCUUGGCGCAGGAAUCCUGGUUCGGUGAUAAGGAGUUCCCUGUACAUCACAGGGAGGCCGAGCGGAUAUCCAGAGAGGAGAUCUACAAGAUCAUUUCCAGAUUGAGGAGUUAGACAUUUUAGAAGUUAGUCGAUUGACAGCUGUCGAUGAUGCGUUGAUAUUUAACGAUGACAUGAUGCAGCUAUUAUUUAAUUGCCACUUGAUUUGGGACACUCAUU